AUGACAUUUCCAUUUCUGCGAGCGUUUGUCGCGCUAUUUUGCUAUCGCUACUUCCGCCUCGUUGUCAAUCUCUGGUCCUUUUGGAAUUUCAAGCCUAUUCCACCCCCCGAGAACCCCAAACUCAGUUCGCAGGAUGUGACGGUCAUCAUCCCCACCCUCGAGGGCUGCGGAGACGAGUUGGUCGAGACCAUCCGAUCCAUUUUGGAAAAUCAGCCGUACGAGAUCCUCCUCGUGACCAUCGAGGCCAACCGCAAACGAGCGGAAAAGAUGCUGAGCGCCAUGCCCGCGUCCGACGCUCGCAUCCGUUUGUUCACCGUGACCCAUCCCAACAAGCGUCGCCAGAUGACUCGGGCGAUUCCCGAGGUUCGCACUUCCAUCACUCUGCUGGCCGACGACGACGUUAGCUGGCCUUCCACUGUCUUGCCCUGGAUCUUGGCUCCCUUCGAAAAGGAUGAGCGGUACGGCGGCGUCGUCACUUGUCAGCGAUUGCGCCGAGCUGCCUCGCCCACAUUCUCCCAGCGCAUCUGGGGAUUCUUGGGUGCCCUCUAUCUCGAACGACGCAACUUUGACUGCGGCGCCACCACCAACAUGGACGGAGGGCUGCCAUGUAUGUCGGGCCGGACAGUGGCAUACCGCACUAAAAUUCUCCAGGACGAUGGCUUUACCUACGCUUUUACCAAUGAGGAGUGGUGGUGGGGAAAGUAUCAACUCAAUGCAGAUGAUGACAACUUUAUCACUCGAUGGAUGGUCUCGCACGGCUGGGAGACCUUUAUGCAAUAUCACCCAGAGGCCGAGGUUUUGACCACGCUGGAAGACAAUCCCGUUUUCUUGAAGCAAUGUGCUCGGUGGUCUCGCAGCAAUUGGCGCAGCAAUCUGACGAGUAUGUUCCACGAGAAGCACAUCUGGUAUCGCCAACCAUGGAGUGCCUAUGCGGUACAUAUGACCACCUUGUCUCCUCCGGCAUUGCUCGGAGAUCUGCUCCUCGUUUGGUUGUGCCACAAGGCUACUGCAAGCUGGGGCGAAGUUUCGCACGAUCGCGCCAUGACUUUCCUCUAUCUGUGGAUGUUUACGAGCAAGUGGAUCAAGUUGCUGGGCCACUAUAUCCGCUAUCCUGUGGAUGUCUUCCUCCUUCCCGUGUCCAUCCUCUUCGGUUAUUUCCACGGAGCCAUCAAGAUGUACGCCGUGAUGACUUUGAAUGUGACGACUUGGGGCAGCCGUGACGGCGCUGACGAUUACGACGCCGAGCGCAUGAAGAAACGCACGGAUGCCGAUCGCACCAAGCAGCCCUACUACCCCAGCUAUCUCCUCGAAUGA